AUGGCUGGGGGGCGGCGGGCGGCGGGGCUCGCCCUGGGCUGGGGCUGCUGCCUCCUGCUCUGCUGCGCUGCAGCCAGCAAGCUGGAGGUCUCCACACCAGCCGUGGUCGAAGUGGAGAUCGGGGGCACGGCCAGGAUCGAGUGCAACUUCUACAUCCCUGGGAAUGGUUCCUACAGCUACAUCGACUGGUUCUACGUGGACCGCAGCAACAGCCGGGUGAGGCUGUGCCACGUCACCGACAGCGAGGUCCUGAAGGACGACACGGAGUACAAGGACAGGCUGUCGGUGGGGGAGGACAAGGCCCUGUCCAUCAGCAAGGUGACAGUGCAGGAUGACAGGACCUUCGUGUGCCAGGUCGGAGCGGGGAGCUCCGGCGUGGGCGAGAGCCACACUGAGCUCAGCGUCUACAAGGUCCCCGAGACCCCCGUGAUUGAGCCCAACACAGGAGGCAUCUCUGUGCUGAACAGUGACAACUCAGAGAUCGCCAAGUGCAAGAGCAAGAACAGCUUCCCGCCCGCCAACAUCACGUGGCACAAGAACGGGGAGCAGCUUCACCUGCAGGAGAACCAGGUGAUGUACGGGCGGACCCGCGAGUCCAGCGGGCUGUACACGGUGACCAGCACCCUGUUCGACACCGUCACCCGUGAGGACCGCGACUCCCGCUACCACUGCACCGUGCACUACUGGCUGCGGGGGCAGAGGCACUCCCUGGAGUCCCAGAAGGUCCAGAUCACCGUCUUCUACCCCGCGGAGCACCUGAAGCUGCAGGUCGUGCCGUCCUCGGAGCUGGUGAAGGAAGGGGACAAUGUGAAGCUGGUGUGUGAGGCUGAUGGGAACCCACCUCCCGUGUUCAGCUUCUUCAAGAGACAGCAGGACAACAAAUGGCAGGAACUGCCAUCGUUGGCAGAGCCUGACAGCGGGGUCCUGACCCUGCACGGCGUGGACAAGAGCAGCAGUGGCCUCUACAAAUGCGAGAGCCUGGACCUGGAUGACAUGACAGAGCUAAAGCAGGAGGUGGAGCUUGUUGUGAACUACAUCGAGGGGGUCCGUGUGGAGAUGGAGCCGUCCAACCCCCUUCGGGAAGGGGGCAGUGUGACCCUGAGCUGCGAUGCCCACAGCCCUGUGGCCCUGGACUACCAGUGGAGGGAUGAGAAGGGCAGGAAGGUGGCGGAAGGGAACCAGCUCUUCCUGAGCAACCUCACCUUUGAGACCCCCAACAACUUGAGCUGCAAGGUGAUGGCCCCGAGCGUGCCAGGGCUGGAGCAGAGCAAGCAGGUGUCCCUGGCUGUCGAGGGGAAGCCACGGAUCGUGGCCAUCAGCUCCCCGCUGUACGUGCGGCAGGACGAGGUGGUGAACCUGACCUGCAAGGCCAUCGCCUUCCCCCGGCCCUCCGUCCACUGGAGCGUCAACGGCACGGUUCACGAGUACGUCGACAACCAGCACAUCGCCAGCAACCUGACGGUGCGUGUGAGCCCCGACCUGCUGAAGGCUGGGGCCAUGUGCCGCGUCUCCAACAACCUGGGGGACAGCGAGAAGCACAUCCAGCUGCUGGCUCAAAAGACAACAGCAGAGAGCCAGGGGGUGAUCAUCGUGGCCAUCAUCGUGGCCAUCCUGGUGGUGGCCGUGCUGGGCGCCGUCAUCUACUUCCUGCACAAGAAAGGCAAGAUCCCGUGUGGCCGCGCUGGGAAGCAGGACAUCACAAGGCCAGAGGCACGUAAAGACAAGAUUGUAGUUGAAGUUAAGUCAGAUAAACUUCCCGAAGAGGCGGGGCUCCUGCAGGGCGCCAACGGCGAGAAGAGACCCGGCACUGACCAGAGCGAAAAAUACAUCGAUCUGAGGAACUAGAGAGGAGACCUACUAAGUGCUUUCUUCCUUCAAACCUUUCCUGCUCUUGGAUUGCCUUCUCCCACCCCUGCUCCAGCACCUGGGGGGGCACAGCCAGAGGCCACUGGUGUGUCCCAGUGCUGAGCCCCAGCAUGCAGGGGACACCUCCCUGACUCACCUGUCCGAUACCUCAACCGUGGGCUUGCAGGUGUUGCCUUAGCAAAGCUGGACUUGCUUUACUACUCCAGAGAAGCCACAGCAAUAUUAGGAAGAAAUAUCCCAUUAAGCUACUUGGUGGAAGGAUUUGAGGCUUUUUUUCCCCCCCCCAGGUAAUCUGUUCUGUACAUGUGUGGGAAGGGUUUGAUGCGUUGGUUUUUUUUUUCCUUCCACCCCGAACUUGCUCGGAGAGGCUGUUGGAAGGUAAUUUUUGGGAUGAGCUGUAGUGGUGUGGA